CGCGCAUCCUGCAGCCGCCCCCAAAUUUCAAAUCCAGGUAACUGCCAGGCGCUGUGGUUUUGCCAUCCGAGCAACAAUUCGCAAGCUCGGGUCACGAUGAAAGUCGCGCUUACCUUCGAGCCGCAAUGGAUGAUCCCUGGGGCUCGCCAUGGGCAGAUGAGGCGCCAGGGACAGCUAAGAAAUUAGAUGAGGCGAGGCCGAAGCCGAUUGUGAUAGCUACGCAAAAGGAGCUCCCGUUCGACUCGGGGCCAAGAUCGCCUUGGGAUGAUGAUGGGGAUGAUGAAGAGUGGUCGGCGAAUCUUGAUAAUGUAGUCCAGUCACAGCGCACGUCGAUAAUACAGAAUGCGGAUGAGGGCUGGAGCUACCAUCAGAGCAACGCACGCGAGCCUCUUAGGAGGGAUGAGGCGGCUACGACGGGGGCUGGAUCGCCCUGGGUCCCGCUCUCACAUGAGGCAGGAGAAUCUCCAAAACAAGAUCUACAAAGAGGAAGAGGAGAACAGAGUUUUGACGACCCCUGGGCACAAGCAGAUGUUCAAACAGAAGCGGAGCUAUCGCCGAAUUUGACACAACAAGCUCAAGAGCCAGCUAAAAAGAUCGAUGCGGACCCAUACCACUCCCGCCAGGAGCUUGGCAAGAUCGCAGAUGAUGUUCCUCCACAAGAAGAACACCAGCUUGAGCCCCCCGUCAAGGACUCUAUCCAACCCGAAACAUUUCCGUCCCCAGAUAGUGGCAAUAAAUCCCCCGUUAUAGAAUCACCCGGCCAUAAAGAGUCCGAUGCAGGGGAUAACAUCCCCCAGCCUCCAGGCUCAGAGACCCCAGAUAAGGAUGCGACCCAGUCUUCUCGGCCGUCCUUGUCACUCUCGGAACAUAGCCACCACCAUGAAGAGAUCAAUGGCUCUCCACAUACGCCACCUGAUGGCGAAUCAAACCCCAUAACGGUUGGAACUAAAGACACUUCAAAGGUCAAGGAGUUAGUUCAGCUAUUCGAUGGCUUAGCUGUAGAAUCUCCAAGCACCCCCGAUGGUCGCAGCAAUGAAGAUUUGCCUUUGGCUUCAUCAGAGUCGACGCUCGAGGAACCUUCUCCCGCAGAAACGGAAGACGAGUUUGGCGAUUUUGAGGACGGUGUCUCCUUUGUCAGUGCUAGUGCAGAUUCUGACGAGCCAGAAGUUUCGACGGAUGCUCCGACUCCAGUGCAGUCGUCAAAGACUCCAGAAAAGGCUAUUAUUUCACGACCAGAAGAGCGAAGGACUUUUGAACGCGGGUCGAUAAAAUUUGACAUCGACAAGUCUAUUGUGGAUCAGCUCUAUUCGGACAAAGAGGCAUUGCCAGAGUCUACCAAUUAUGGGCCGUCAGAUGUUGAUAUCCCGAUAACUGACUCGCUGUUAACAGUCGAGCAGCGAAAGGUAUGGUAUCGAAUAUCUCGAUACGGGACGAUGCGAAAACACAAUUCUGGGGACGAUGAUGCCUAUGUGAGAAUGGGCUGGCAGGAUUCCAAGGUUCGAGAAAAGACACUUGAUAUAGUGCACAAAUGGAUGGAGGAGGGUCGCCUAGGUUCUGGCAUGGCUCUUGGUGGAGUCGGGAGGGUCGAAGCGAUGUUCAGCUGGGGUAAGCCCGGACAAGCUCCAAAUACCGAAGCCCUCCAUAUAGCUCGCAAAGCCUCGCAGUCUAGUAAGGCAAGACAACCAGCCUUGCCUAUUUCACCUCCCCGACAGUCUGCACCCGAUGUCAAGCCUGUCCACAAACGGCAAAAGAGCUCCGUGGGCUCUAUCAAGAGCAUCGUGAGUUCACCAGUGGAACAGAGCCCGCGUUUCAGUUGGAGCGCUGCGCAACCUGCAUCUCCUGACGUAGCUACGGCCAUUACCUCGGCAUCCAGCGAAUCUCAUUCUGAGAGUUUCCGCCAGGAGCCAGUUAUGCCCCCUAUUUCGAAGGCGUUUGAAUCGCCCAGCCCUGUGCCCGUUCCAAUAGAGCCGUUAAAACCUAAACCAGCUGCGCCGCCUGCACCCGAACAACAUAAGGACGUUAUUCCAAAAUCAAAUGAUGACGACGACGAAUGGGGCGAGAUGGUGGCGUCCCCUGCUACUCCAAACUUCCCAAGCCUUCCUGGCUUUCCAUCUCCAAUUCAAGUCAACGCGCCGUCAACGACUACACCGCACUUGAGUCAUGUUGGUAUGAGCAACAAUCACGUCAGGAAACACUUCAGGAAUUCCUCACUCGGAAACCAAGCCAACGGGUCUACCCCUCCUAAACCGUUUGACAUGGACGAUUUCGUUCCAAAAGCAUCAAAUAGAUCAAGUCUAGGGGAUCUGUCGAAGUUGACGUCUAGCUCUGGAGAUCCCUGGGCAAACGCAGACUUCUCCUUUUUUGAGUCUCCAAGUACUGCGCCUACGAGCGUACCAGCAUCCAAGCCGCCAUCGUAUGCAUCGAAGCCACUUCCAUUUGCAUCGAAACCCACUCCUGUGGCAAGGCAUGCUACUCAGGCAUUGAAUACGAAGUCGGGCGAAUCCACAUCGCCACAGAUUCCAUCUGCUCUAGCUGCUGGCCGGAAGUCCAAGGCGGAAUUGGAACAGGAUAAGAUUGUUAGGGACAUUAUUAACGGUCUACCGGACCUCUCAUAUAUGCUUCGUUGAUGUGGUGGACCUCAGAAGUAGUAGUUAUGGUGUCGAGGGAGAAGCUAUCCGCGCAGGACUCACUCCUAGGGUAUUUAGUUGAGGCCAACAAGGAUAUUUGGCGCUUUAAAUGAACAUAUGUAACAUACUACCAAACCAAUAUAUAUAAUUAAAUAUAACAAAUAUCAAACUUCA